AUGGCUCCUUCAAAGAAAGGUCCAAAACAAGAAAGAAAGCCAAGGAGUGCUAUGAGUGAGGUAGUCACACGUGAAUAUACUGUCAACUUGCACCGGAGGUUGCAUGGCGUUGGUUUCAAAAAACGUGCACCUAAAGCAAUCAAAGCCAUACGCAAAUUCGCAGAAGAGCAAAUGGGUACUAAGGAUGUUCGUGUUCAUAUAAGAUUGAAUGAAUUUUUAUGGUCGAAAGGAGUAAAAAAUGUUCCCUUUCGUGUACGUGUGCGUCUCUCGCGGAGAAGGAAUAAUGAUGAAAAUUCAACCGAUCGAUUGUAUACUUUGGUAACGCACGUUCCUGUUACGACGUUUAAAAAGUUGACGACAGUAAAUGUCGAUAAUGAAGAAUAA